AUGGACGGCACGAAGCCAUGCUGGGCGUCUUUGCCGCGAGAGUUACACCUUCAUAUCCUAGAGCACGUCGCGAAUGCCCACAGCUCACCGACCUCGCCCACACGCGGGAUAGCUCGCUACGCCAGCGUAUCCCAAGACUGGCAGGAUUUCUUUGAGGGCACGACGUUCAGAAACUUUGUUCUGCGGCUGCAAGAUCUCAUUCCCUUUAGGGAGCACACGCAAAGCCCAAGAAGGCGCGGCUACAUCCGGCACAUCUGGCUUCGCCUCGAGGAGCCUCAUCCCGAAGAGGAUGACCCGGCUUUACCCUGGAAUCAACCGCGGAGUCCAUUUGCUACAGCUGCGCUAUAUCUAUGGAAUACUCUGGCGUCAUGGGAAGUUAAUCAGGUUGGAGAAGAAUUGGCGCUCGAGAUAAGCUCCCAUACACUGGCGGGGCUCAUCAGGUACGACAAUUAUACGCUAAAGGACGACAUCGAUCACUACUCGAAGUAUCUCGAGACAGGGUCUGUCGCGUCGUACGACGAGAUUGAGCCCUUUAGUCACACGAGCCUUCUCUGGAUUGCCCACAUGGGUCAAGGUCAAAGUAUUUCGAUGCACUCCGGAGCUAUCAAGGCCCUUUAUUCGUACGAUAUCAGGCUAAGCCGUGUAAGGUUGCCACCCGUACAAAUCGUCACCAAGCUUCUUAUGCGGAGGGCAAAUACACGCAACCUUUACCCAGAUUCGUUGGGCCAAAUCAUCAAGAGUCUUCCUCGCUUAAAGGAGAUUCAUUUUGAGAGGUGGCGGCUCUGCAGCCUAGGAGCGGAGAGGCGUUGGCUUCAAGCCCUUAGUGACAUGUGCCGGCAUGGCCUCCCACCUUCGCUAAAGAAGUUUGCAAUCCUACACGAGGCGUCAAACACACCCUACUUUGCUCGUGUUUUCUAUGGAGGAGUCAAAGUCGAAGAACUAGUAAGCUCCGUGGCGCAGUGUUGUCUUCUUGUUGAGCACCUGGCGCUUUGCUUUAUCGUCGAUGCCGACGAGUUCCUGAGCAACGCACCUAACUUCCCGGAACUGAAGACGCUUACUCUGACUGCCGAGAUGUUUCUUGGCGAGGGCGGCGACAGCGAUGAAGCCGUGGAGAGGCGCAUAAAGAUCAAGACGCUUCUUUUGUUGGCUGCAUUGGCGGCUUGCCGGAUGCCGAAGCUUGAGCUCAUGGAGAUUUGGAAUGGUCGAGGCGGGCAAGUCAGUAUAUUUCGCUACAAGGUCGACAGUGGGCUUGCUGAGAUUACUUGGAAGAGCACUCAGGACGAUGUUGUCAUUGAUGAUGAUAUGAUGAAAGCUUGGGAGGCUACGGCAAGGGUGCAUGCGAGUGAUGACCUGCGAAAGUCGGUAAUACGACUGCCGGAUGGCCCGUACACGUAUUAUGGCUCUGUAUUGCCGCACGUGGAGUCGAAGGAGCACUUUAUUCAUGAGGUCUCCGCGGCCCAGAUGAAAUAG